AUGAGGGAGAGUGGGGAGGAGGAGGAGAAGGAUCAAUCCCCAAGAUCCGAAGAAAAAGGAACACUGACAGGAAGAGGCUUACAGCUGAAUUAUGAGCAGAGAGAGGCCUCAAAGAGGUCCCCAGGAAGCCACCCUACCAUCUCUUCUGUGGACACAGAUGUGGAGUCAGCUCAAAAGAGCAUCAGUGAUAAGAAAAACACAGAGUCCAGAGAAACAUUCUGCCAGAGCUCAGGCCAGAAAAAGCAUCAGCGUACCCGCACAGAAGAGAACCCACAGGCAAGUUCAGACUGUGGCGAAACCUUCAGCGACCGGUCCGGCCUUAUCGCGCACUUCAGGACCCACGCACAAGACAAACCAUUCAAGUGCUCAGAAUGUGGGAAGAGCUUUAGUAAGAAGUCGCACCUGAAUAACCACAAGACGAUCCACACUGGAGACAAGCCGUUCAAGUGCUUGGAGUGUGGGAAGGCCUUCCGGGUGAGCUCCUUCCUUACCCUGCACCAGAGAAUUCACACAGGCGAGAAGCCGUAUGUGUGCCCUGAGUGCGGGAAGGCAUUCCGUGUCAAAUCAAGCCUCAGUUCCCACGAGAGAACACACACAGGUGAGAAGCCAUACAAAUGCUCCCACUGUGAGAGAAGCUUUAGUGUGAGACCUAGCCUUGUCGCCCAUGAGAGAAUCCACACGGGAGAAAAGCCCUACGAGUGCUUAGAGUGUGGCAAAAGCUUCCGUCGGAGCUCCGAUCUCUUCAUUCACCAGGGUAGACACACGGGUGAGAAGCCGUACCAGUGUUCGGUCUGUGGGUUAAGGUUUGGAGAAACGUCAAAACUCAUUACCCAUUACAGGAUCCACACAGGAGAGAAACCGUAUAAAUGUUCAGAAUGUGGGAAGAGCUUCACCCUAAGCUCCUAUCUGAAUAGUCACCAGAGAAUCCACACUGGAGAGAAGCCAUAUAAAUGCUUGGAGUGUGGAAAGUGCUUUUCUCGGAAUGGUGACCUAAGUCAACAUCAAAAGGUUCACACAGGAGAGAAGCCAUAUAAAUGCUUGGAGUGUGGAAAGUGCUUCUCUCGAAAUUCUGACCUAAGUCAACAUCAAAAGGUUCACACAGGGGAGAAGCCAUAUAAAUGCUUGGAGUGUGGAAAGUGCUUCUUCCAGAACUGCAUCCUAACUACACAUCAAAGGAUUCACACAGGGGAGAAGCCAUAUAAAUGCUUGGAUUGUGGAAAGUGCUUCUUUCGGAAUGGCGACCUAAGUCAACAUCAAAAGGUUCACACAGGGGAGAAGCCAUAUAAAUGCUUGGAGUGUGGAAAGUGCUUCUCAAAGAAUCCCCUCCUAACUAGACAUAAAAGGGUUCACACAGGGGAGAAGCCAUAUAAAUGCUUGGAGUGUGGAAAGUGCUUGUCUCGGAAUGGCUACCUAACUGAACAUCAAAAGAUUCACACAGGGGAGAAGCCAUAUAAAUGUUUGGAGUGUGGAAAGUGCUUUUCUCGGAAUGGCCACCUAACUGCACAUCAAAAGAUUCACACAGGGGAGAAGCCAUAUAAAUGCUUGGAGUGUGGAAAGUGCUUCUCUCGGAAUGGCCACCUAACUGCACAUAAAAAGAUUCACACGGGGGAGAAGCCAUAUAAAUGCUUGGAGUGUGGUAAGUGCUUCUUCCAGAAUUUUAGCCUAACUAUACAUCAAAGGAUUCACACAGGAGAGAAGCCAUAUAAAUGCUUGGAGUGUGGAAAGUGCUUCUCUCGGAAUUGUGACCGAAGUCAACAUCAAAAGGUUCACACAGGGGAGAAGCCAUAUAAAUGCUUGGAAUGUGGAAAGAGCUUCUCAAAAAAUCCCCUCCUAACUAGACAUCAAAAGAUUCACACAGGGGAGAAGCCAUAUAAAUGCUUGGAGUGUUGA